CUCACGUGACUGGGUGGUCCUAAAAGGCUGUUCACAUGACCAUUUUAUUUCUUCUAAGCGCAGCUGAGGGGGCAUCAUCUCUGGCAUGACAGAAAAGCAGCGGUAAAAAGCGUCGUGACCUGACACAAGUAUCGAAACAUAUUUCAGCACAAGAGGAGCGUGAAGGACGUAAAUCAGGCCCUCUUGCCGUCCUGUUGGCGUUCUUCUGAGCCGAGUGCACUGAGAUUCACUUUGGCAACUGACUGGAAACAUGAUACCUCACAUUCGCAAACAACCUCUCCCCGUCGGCAUAACAUUCAUCGUUGUGUUAGCGGCUACGUUGCAUCAGAGCCUCACUGACGAGGCAACAGCCACCACUGCCAUCCCCCCGACAAGUGCCGCUCCGGCCACCCCUGCGUCUCCUGGCAACCCCGAGAGGGGAAACUACAAUGUCACCAAUGGCAAUGGAACAGCCUGUCUUAUGGCUCGCAUGGGACUGCAGCUCAACGUCACUUUCCUCAGCACAGACAAGAAGACUGUCCAGGAGUUGGUGAAUCUGCACCCCAACCAGACCAAGUUUGCUGGCUCCUGUGACGCAGACACCGCCACCCUCAUCCUCAUGGAGGAUAAGACCAACCUCACCUUCUCCUUCUUACUGAACACAACAUCUAAGAAAUAUCACCUGAGCAGCUUGGCGCUAUCAGCAUCCUGGCCUGAUAUGGCUGCUCCAUUGAGCGCCUCCAACUCCGGCCUGGACUACCUGAGGGGCACCCUGGGCCGCUCCUAUAUGUGUCGGGAGGAGCAGACCCUGAGCGUCGAUCAGAACUUCUCACUCAACACCUACCAGCUGCAGGUGCAGCCCUUCGGUGUGAGCUCCGAUCAGUUUGGUGAAGCUGAAGAGUGUGAGCUGGACGAGGACGACAUGCUGAUCCCCAUCAUCGUGGGCGCCGCGCUGUCCGGCCUGGUGCUCAUAGUGCUCAUGGCCUACCUGAUUGGCCGCAAGAGGAGUCAUGCUGGCUACCAGACCAUCUGAGCACCGCCCUCUGAUUUCUUAUCUUAAAAAGCCAGGGAGCACAGCCAACCACCACCCUAUCCCCACCCCACCCUCAACCACCCUUAACCAUCACCUGCUAGCCUCAGCCUCUUGCCCCAUACACCCACAGAGCCUGGCCUCCUUCGUACCCAUGCUAUGGGCCCCAGCUGCCUUUCCAAAACCCCCACCCCCACCCCAAGCCCACAGCUCUGCCUCAAUCCCGUGCCAAGGUUGGCCCUGCUCUUCCAGGACUUCCUGCCCUCUUGUAUAAAAAAAAAAAAAAACUAAAAAAAAAACCAUGAAUAUAAUAUGAUGUGUAACAUGCAAUUGAGACAUGCUCUGAGCAGACUCAGAGGGUCAGCCUGUGUGUGUGUGUGGCCAACCUCUGAAGACCUUGUGCUUAACCCUCACGCGCCUUUGUCAGUCUGGGUCUUCGUCUGAAGAGUUUUAUAGAAGGAAUGCUUUAGGGAUUGUUUUUGUUUUAACUUUGUUUUCUUUGCUGCUGUAGCUUGUAUACCUUCUCGUUUUGGUGUUUAUUUUUUUCCUUUCUUCAUUUUGUCCAUCUGUGUUGUUUUCCUCAUAUAGACAAUAAGGAUGUGUUCUCAGUACCAUAGAAAAAAAGGAAACCCAUUUUGACUGACACAAACACUUUGGUAUCUUUGAUGUCUGACCCAUGUAGGUCCCUUGGACAUGUAGGUGCUCCCUCACCCCUUCCUUGUGUACAUAUUUACACAAUCCUAACGCUAAAACUUAACUGGUCUCCGUUCGAGGCCUUUACUGGUAAACAAGUGGCUUUGCACUGGCACUUAAAAGACAUUUGGACAUUUAUUUAACUGCUUUUUGGGUGUUUGUCCCCUUGUCCACUGAUCCAUCUGUUACAGGUUGGCAUUCAAAAGCAAUUAAGCUAAAGAAAAGGAAAAACAAAAAAAAACAGGGCCUUGCUAUCAGGGUAGGUCCACCGUUGACAGCAUCUAGUUGUGGUUACUUGGUUAACACCUAGUGACCUCGAGGGUAAAUUCCACAGGACGCCUUCAGCGCGGAGUUCAUUAUGGGCACCAUGUGCAUUGCUUGGAAUCUGCUGAGGAAGUAGGUGAUGAAGAGGGAUGGCGAUGCUGACGGGAGGGAGGACUGCAGUGGGCCUCACUGGGCUGGCAUUGAAGUGGUGUUGUGCAUUUAGAAUCACGAAAAGGGAGUUGAUGUUACUACACUGUGCAGGGUAUCACACAAUGUUCAUGGGACUGUUACAUGCUAGUACGUUUGAAGGGUGGGCGGGCCAAGCAGAGUUGUGUGAGUGUGUGUAAGAUAUUGUUACUCUGUACAGGGUGUGUCACCGCAUUGCAAAGCCAGGACUCUUCAUCAUAACUGUGUUGCUGGUUGGAUUCUCGCUUUUUCCAAGAGCAAGCUUGUUGGCCUCGAGAGUGGUGUAUAGGUACAUGAAGUGCAGUUGAUCUUUAACUGAGGGCAUGAAUGACUGCUAGCCCUUACUAGUAAUUUAAUUGUUUUAAUAGCGAAUGUUUGGAUCACUUUUGAAAUGCUGUGAUUUCAAUAAAAAGGGACAAACGAGAA